UGUCUCGCGACUUCAACUUGGUGGAAAGGCCAUAAAAUAGACCACUUCAACACGCCGACCGAGCCGAAGAUAGUGCGUGAUCGUCUGCGUGUGUGCGUACGGAGAGAGGCGGAGGUCGAAGAGAUAUAUUUAGCGAAUCUCUCGCCGGUUAAGACGUCUUGCGUCUUAUGGUUUGACCCGUUUUCAUGUGCGUACGAGUGAUAAGCGCCUGACAGUAGUGGUGGUGCUGGUGGUGCUGGUGAUAGUCGCGCACAUAACCUCCUCUCGAAGAGUGGCGGAAAUGUGCAAUUGAAGCUAUCAAGCCGUUGAAAGGUCAACCCCGUUGGUACGAGGCCGCCCGCCCGCAUUAAACCUCCAUCCAGCAGUCACCCGCAGCAGGAGCAGCGGCACCGGAAACGAUGGUUCUUUCCGUGUUCAUGGUGCAAACGCUGACCACGCUGGUGGAGCCUCCGCCGACGAUCAGCGGCCCGAAAGGGUUGGUGCACCCGGCUCAGCAACCGCAGGCCAACAUUGCCGUGUUUAUGUUUCUCUUUAUGCUGUGCGUCCUCGAGGUCGUCUUCGUGAAGCUGAUCGCCCUGACGUCCUUCGGUAGUGAAGCCACCACGACCCCUGCGGCGACCCCAGCAACGACCCCGACGGUAACGCUUUCGCCGCCGAUGGCCGCGACACCAAACCGCAGCGAAUCGUGAGGACACGGCGAUCGUCGAUGACGAAACGGCCAGGCGAGACGGCCGAGUGUCUGUGUUGCCCUUGGCCAAUGCUACCAA